UCUGGUAGUUUACCGACGUUUGCGCGCUGCGAUCUUCCAUACGCCAUACGUCAUAUAUAACUACACAUAUCGGUUUAGAGUUGCAGUAUCGUUGCAACUGCUGCCAACGUCGGAUACAAGGUAUCGAGUGCAUCUCUCCAGUAAAAUGAACUACUUUCUAAUUACUCUCGCCGUCGGUUUGGCGGUCUUUGCUUUCACGAGAUAUUGCUGUUUUAACACGACCAAGCCUCUUCCGAAGGUGACGGAAACUUGGUGGACACCUGGUACCGAAAACCUUGCCGAUAACAAGGUUAAACCGUUUCACAUCAGCUUCUCCCAACAGAUGGUGGAAGAUUUAAAGUAUCGGCUGAAGCAUACUAGAGACCUAACGCCGCCGUUGAAAGACGUUGCUUGGACUUACGGCAUUAACACAGAUGCUUUGAACAAACUUUUGAACUAUUGGGCAAACGAUUAUGAUUUCCAAAAACGCGAGGAUUACCUAAAUCAAUAUCCUCAUUAUAAAACCAACGUACAAGGGCUGAUUAUUCACUUCAUGCAUAUAAAGCCGAAAAAUGUAGAAGGGAAGCGCGUCUUACCGCUUCUAUUGUUACACGGAUGGCCCGGUUCCGUGGUUGAAUUUUACAAGGCCAUCCCGCUGUUGACUACCGCACGGCCGGAGCAUGACUUCGUGUUUGAAGUGAUAGCACCAUCCCUACCCGGAUUCGGUUUCUCCAGCGCCGCCACGAUAGCCGGUUUAUCGGACGCCAAUAUAGCGAUAGUAUUAAAGAAUCUUAUGUUAAGGCUCGGUUUCGAUAAAUUUUACAUACAAGGUGGCGACUGGGGUGCUAUUAUCUGCACUGAUAUGUCGAUUCUGUUCCCGCAACACGUUCUGGGUUUGCAUUCCAAUUUUUGCACGACAAUUAGUAUAUGGAGUACGAUGAAGCAGGCGAUAUACAGAUUUCUUCCUUCAUGGAUAUCACCUUUGGGAGAUUGGAAACCACGAAAGACAAUGAAACAAGAACUAAUUUUUAUGUUAGCCGAGAGCGGGUAUUUUCAUAUUCAAGCUACAAAACCCGACACAGUCGGAGUCGGUCUAGCUGAUUCGCCAGCUGGUCUGGCGUCGUAUAUUAUCGAGAAAUUUUCCACCGGCACAAAUUACGCUAACAAGUUCAAAGUAGACGGCGGACUUCUGGAGAAAUUCACAUACGAUGAACUAAUCGAUAACCUAAUGAUGUAUUGGACGCCGAACAGCAUGACUACAGCCAUGAGAAUUUACUCGGAAUUUUUCAACAAGCAUAACUUGGAUACACAAAGCAUGAUUUGGCGGCCAGUGACAGUGCCCACCGCUUGCGCACAAUUUCCCCACGAGAUCAGACAUCAUGCCACAAAUAUACUCAGGGACAAGUACACGAAUCUCAUACGCGUUACCGAAAUGCCACGAGGUGGUCAUUUCGCAGCGAUGGAGGAGCCUGAAUUGCUCGCGAACGAUAUCUGGGCCUCCAUCGAGGAGAUGGAGGCGCUAAAAAGAAAGAGUAAGAUGGAACAGGAUAAGAGUAAGAAGAGUGAUUUAUAAUUUGCAGCGGAACUGAGAGAGAGUAGCUGCUGCAUAGAUUUCUAGUUGUUUUAGUUACGGACCUGGGGCGUUUGACUAUAUAUGAUUAUGCAAACUGUACAUAAGUCCAAUAAAGAAUACGGACAUAAUGUUAAAAUUA